AUGUCUAACCAAGCUUUAACUGAUGUUGAUUCAGGUUUAAUCGAAACCAACUACGAUAAUGUUGUGUAUUCUUUCGAUGAUUUACACUUGAAACCAAGUAUUGUCAGAGGUAUUUUUGGUUAUGGUUAUGAAAGUCCAUCUGCUAUUCAACAAAGAGCCAUCUUACCAAUCACCGAAGGUCGUGAUGUGUUGGCACAGGCUCAAUCUGGUACUGGUAAAACCGCCACCUUUACAAUUUCUGCUUUGCAGAGAAUUGACGAAAACGAAAAAUCUACUCAAGCAUUAAUCUUGGCGCCAACUAGAGAAUUGGCUCUUCAAAUUCAAAACGUUAUCACUCACAUUGGUUUGUACUUAAAUGUCACUGUUCAUGCAUCCAUUGGUGGUACUUCCAUGAAAGAUGAUAUUGAAGCUUUCAAAUCUGGUGUCCAAAUUGUAGUUGGUACCCCUGGUAGAGUUUUUGAUAUGAUUGAAAGAAGAUUUUUCAAAACUGACAAGGUUAAGAUGUUUAUCUUAGAUGAAGCUGAUGAGAUGUUGUCGUCAGGUUUCAAGGAACAGAUUUACAAUAUUUUCCGUUUAUUACCUGAAACUACCCAAGUUGUAUUAUUAUCUGCCACUAUGCCACCAGAUGUUUUGGAGGUUACCACAAAAUUUAUGAAUAACCCUGUCCGUAUAUUGGUCAAGAAAGAUGAAUUGACUUUGGAAGGUAUCAAACAAUUCUACAUUAAUGUAGAACAGGAGGAUUAUAAAUUUGACUGUUUGUGUGAUUUAUACGACUCUAUCUCAGUGACGCAAGCUGUUAUUUUCUGUAAUACCAGAUCAAAGGUUGAGUUCUUAACUACUAGAUUGAAGGCAGAAAACUUCACUGUUUCUGCUAUUCAUGCUGAUUUGCCUCAAGCAGAGAGAGAUACUAUAAUGAACGAGUUCAGAUCUGGUUCAUCUCGUAUCUUGAUCUCGACUGAUUUGUUAGCUAGAGGUAUUGAUGUUCAACAAGUUUCUUUGGUUAUUAACUACGAUCUUCCAGCAAACAAAGAAAACUACAUUCACAGAAUUGGUAGAGGUGGUCGUUUUGGUAGAAAGGGUGUUGCUAUCAACUUCGUUACCGAUCAAGACGUCGGCAUAAUGAGAGAAAUCGAAAGAUUCUACUCUACUCAAAUUGAAGAGAUGCCUGCUGAUAUUGGUGCUUUGUUCAACUAA